GGGGCACCAGCGCUGGACCUAUAUAUACACGAGCCUAUAGGAGUUGUCUGCUUACAGACAAGCCGUCGAUCCCUCUCCCGCACGAAGAGAACCCACGCCGGCCCUCAAUUCACGUUAUGAAUGUGCUAAACAUGGAGAUUGACAUGUAUUCUGACUACUUUGAGAACAGUACUGACAACCUCUCUGACGAUUCUGUAGACUUUGACAUAGACUUCCAGGAGCCAUGUGGCAGAUCGCUCAGCAACAACUUCAACCAGAUCUUCCUCCCAACAGUUUAUGGAAUUAUAUUCAUUUUGGGAAUGAUUGGCAAUGGAUUAGUCGUUGUGGUCAUGGGCUACCAGAAAAAGGUCAAAACCAUGACGGACAAGUACCGGCUCCAUCUCUCCGUGGCCGACCUCCUGUUUGUCCUCACGUUGCCCUUCUGGGCUGUUGAUGCAGCUAAGAGCUGGUACUUUGGGAGUUUCCUCUGUGUGUCCGUGCACGUGAUCUACACGCUGAACCUGUACAGCAGCGUUUUGAUCCUGGCCUUCAUAAGCUUAGACAGAUACUUAGCGAUUGUGCGGGCCACCAACAGCCAGGACACAAGGAAGCUGCUUGCAACCAAAGUGAUCUACGUGGGCGUGUGGCUGCCUGCAGUUCUGCUGACUGUACCUGACCUGGUGUUUGCCAGGGUGCAAGAAGCAUAUCCUUUGAACUCCCCCUUUCCAAACCAAAGCAUGGAGGCCGUGGACUCCAGGAUCAUGUGCCAGCGCACCUACCCGCAAAAACACAGCGUCGAAUGGACGGUUGGUUUCCGAUUCCAGCAAAUCCUAGUGGGCUUCAUACUGCCCGGUCUGGUCAUCCUCAACUGCUACUGCAUCAUCAUCGGCAAGCUGUCGCAAGGCGCCCGGAGCCACGCUCAGAAGAGGAAAGCGCUGAAGACCACGAUCAUCCUCAUCGUUUGUUUUUUCUCCUGCUGGCUGCCGUACUGCGUCGGCAUCUUUUUGGACAACCUGGUGAUGCUGGGGGUGAUCUCGCUCUCAUGCGAUCUGGAGCAAGCGGUGGAGAAGUGGAUAUCCAUCUCCGAGGCGCUGGCCUAUUUCCACUGCUGCCUAAACCCCAUCCUCUACGCCUUUCUGGGGGUUAAGUUCAAGAAGUCGGCCAAGAGCGCCCUGACGGCCAGCAGCAGAUCGAGUCAGAAAGUAACUCUAAUGGCCAAAAAGCGAGGGCCAAUUUCCUCCGUGUCCAUCGAGUCCGAGUCCUCCAGCGCUUUGACGAGUUAACAAACGGCCUUCAUACUCUCAGGAGAGGAAAAUAAUAACUAAGCUUCAGUUUCAAAGAACCAACUACAUUUUGUACAGAAAGAGGUUGUUAUACUUUGUUUUUUCUUUCGCGUUGGUUUACUGCAUUUGUGUUCUUAUUGUGAUGUGUGAAAGUUUGAUGUUCCUCGAAGCAGAUUGUGUCCGCAGGCUGUGGCUCAUUUCCAUUCACUGCAGUUUUUAGAAAUCAGGAUCUAUUUUCCCUGUUUUUAUCUUUGCAAACUGUCAAAGCCCAGCCUUACAAUGCCCUGCUUUCUUUUUCUAUGGAUGGCAGCUGCUCUUCGAAACCUGUACAUUGUUUGCAGAAUUUGUGUGAUCGCACUUAAGCCGUGUGAUUUUUUUUUCGGGUUUUUUUUUUUAUGCCUAUUAUUUAUUGCCGUCAUUCACACUGGAUGUUUUGUAAAAGAACGAAACUGCACGCUGCUUUUUUAACAUUUUCAACUGUUUUUUUUAAUGUAAAUAAAUAAAGUUCUGUACUUUUUA